AUGUCCUCUGCUGUGACACGACUAGGCGAAGCGUUCUACCCACUUGUAUUUACGGGGGCUAGGAUUGCACUACAUGAUGCACCUGACGAUGAAUCUCCCCUCGACUCUCCAACCGACACAUCUUCUGUAACAUGGUCAACCACACCGAGCACUCCCGUCGACGGUCCAGUCAACAGCCCGCAGAUAGUAUCUGCUCCCAUCUCACCUAUCGCAGAAGAAUCGCGGUAUAUUCUGAAGCCUCGUCUACCGUCGAUUACUAUCCCUAUGGUCAAACCCGACCUACAGCCAUCCAGGAACCCUUCUCCCGUCGACUUUACUCUUGAUGACAGAGCAUUGAGGGGUGGCCAGCAUCAGGCUAGUUUCAUGGGUGCGGAAAGUAAACGGAAAGCGUCUGUACAGCUCGCUUUCGGAGGGCUCGCGGAUCUUCCAGAUGAUUUUGCACCCGCGCUUCCGGAUAUUAGCCCCAUCGAUCCUGGGGUGGCUAAUCCCUGGACUAACUCACAACAUGAACGCAAGCGGCCCGAAUCUGACCGCAAGAAUCAGCACAAUUGCACAGUCGAAGUUCCCAAGAGACACUUUGAGAUUCAAUCUCCUGACGAGCUCGUCCCAUCGCUCACUUUGCCGGCUCCCGGCAUAUCUGGUCAGGUACCCGCGUGCGCGCGCGUCUCAACACACGGGGAAACCCGCUCCGCCUAUUCGAAAUUGGACGUGCCGCUUCACGUUCACGGCGAACUGAUAUACCGGGAUGCUUUUGGUCAAUUGUAUCUGGGCGCGACGCCAUCUGCGAAAACCAUAGCCAUCAGACGGAUUUGGAAGCCGAAUUCCUCGACGUAUGAUGGGCAAUACUCACAGCAAGUCUAUAGUUAUCGUCUAUUUCAGCUGCAAAUGUUCGUGGAAUUUCCCUCCUGCGGCUCGCUCGCUGCUUGCCUACACACCCAUGGCGCAUUUGACCAAGAAAUGGCCAAAUUGUUUCUUCGACAGAUUGUCGCUGGCCUGGUCUAUAUCCAUGGUCUGGAAAUUUUACACGGUCAUCUGAAGGCCGACAACAUCCUCCUUGACGCUGAUGGUACCUGCAAGAUCGCUAACUUCUUCGUAUCUAAAUCCCCGGACACAAUCAGCACAGAGAUGGCUGAGCUACACGCAUAUGUGCACCUUGAGAACACGAUGUUCUGGCUUCCGAGAGCAUACACGAUUCUGCCUCUAGAAGACGCCGUGUUUUGGAUGGCGCCUGAAGUGAUCCGUGCACAUACAGAUGUCAUAUAUUCGUGGAAUGAUCGAAAUCUGUACGGUGCAAAAGUGGACAUCUGGGGCGUUGGCUGCAUUCUUUACGAAAUGUGGACAGGUGAGAGACCGUGGGCGGGCCUAGGACACACUUCUGUUCUUGUUGAUCUAUAUCAAAAGGAACACGGGCCUAUGCUCCCUACGGAUGUCACUGUCUCGUUACUGGCUGAUGAUUUCCGACGGAGGUGCUUUGUCAUGGACCCAGAUGAGCGUCCAACCGCCGUCGCCUUGCAAGACCAUGCAUACCUCAUCCCCAGCCGAGAUGAUAAAGCGCUGAAUUCAAACUUCUCUGGGCAAACUUGUAUUCGCGUCGCAAUGGCCGCUAUGGCCAUAACAUUAGCCCCUGGAGUCUCAUUUCUCGCUCGUCUUCUGUUGACAAUAGCAUUUGCGCCUCUCUGCAUGGUAAUCGGCAGCCACGCGCUCGCCAAAUUCUGGCACUUGGAAUCCCCCUUCUGGCUCGUAUGUCUCCUGGCAGUCAUAAGUGGGCCUUUGGGUUUUCUCGCACGCGUAAUCCAUCGUCGUUGGAGUGUCCGUCGCGCGGCUGUUCGCUUCGGGGCAAUACUUCCACCGGAAUGGGUCGGCAAUAGAAUCGGUAACUUGGACAACAUGGCGACAAUGGUCCACUCCUUCAGGUCUGGAUAUCCCAGUGCUAUUUUCAAGGAGCAGAUGGACUCUUUCCUCGGAACAGGUGUCUUCAACUCUGAUGGUGUGUGGCACCGCACUAUGACACGUCCAUUCUUCAGCAAGGACCGUAUAAGCCAUUUCGAGUUGUUUGAUGUCCAUGCCGAGUACGCCAUUGUUAGGAUGAGAGAACGCCUCAACGCAGGCUAUGCAGUGGACUUUCAGGAUCUCAUAUCACGGUUUACUAUGGAUUCUGCGACAGAAUUCUUAUUUGGAACCUGUGUCGAAUCUCUUCGAUCGCCCCUACCGUACCCGCACAACCAUUUUCCAACACCCUUCGCAACACAGCCCACCAGCCAGGAAGCUCUCAGUCGUGCAGAUGCAUUCUCAGCUGCCUUCCUGAAGUCGCAGCAUGUUAUCGCCGAGCAUCCUGUUGUAUUACACGAUGAGACUCUCAAUAUUCUCCUUGCUGGUCGUGACACGGUCCGCGAGCGUCUGCGUGCCGAAAUCAUCGACAGAGUUGGCCGUAGCCGACGCCCGACUUAUGCUGAUAUCAAGGAGAUGCGCUACCUGCGGGCCGUGAUCAAUGAGACGCUGCGUUUGUACCCACUUGUGCCUGUGAACCAGAGGCAAGUCAGUGUAUUUGCAUGGCAGCUCAACCAUUCACUGAUGUUCACUAGACGAGCGAUCAAUGAGACAACUCUACCGAACCCGGAUCCGAGCGGCAAGCCAUUUUAUGUACCCGCUGGGACAUUGGUCACGUACUCAGUCCUCGCCAUGCACCGCAGGCCGGAGUUGUGGGGUCCAGAUGCGGAUGAGUUUGACCCUGACCGUUUCUUGGACGAGCGUGUCAGCAAGUAUCUCACAAAGAACCCAUUCAUCUUCCUCCCCUUCAACGCCGGCCCUCGCAUCUGUCUUGGACAACAGUUCGCAUACAACGAGAUGUCAUUUUUCUUGGUCAAACUGUUGCAGCGCUUUUCCUCCAUGGAACUAGCUCCUGAAGCUGCACCCCCAGAGUCGCUGCCUCCCGCGGAUUGGGCUGUGACCGGUUCGAGCCGGAAGCGCAUUGACCGUUUCUGGCCGAAGUCUCAUCUCACUAUGUACUCCCACGUUCAAUCACUACAGCUUCUAGUGCGACAGCUCUCUCGUACGGAGACGGCCACAUUCGAUACAAGCGCUGCUUUGUCCCUUAGAGAUAUCCGAGAGCGAUUCGUUGCUUCUCUCCUCCCAAUAUUACUCGAAACUUCCGUCUUAUAUACACUGUCAAACUUGCAACGCACUCUCGAUCCCCUUGAUAUCGAGGGACUUUCCACACUCUGGACAAAUUCGUAUCCCCAAUUCGUCAGUUCAUCCGUGUUCGGUACGAGCGCGCAAGAGCCCACUCUUGAGGAAUGGACGCGUUUCAUCGACGAGUACCUCUCGCGGACGACUAUUACUGGAAGGAGUGGUCACCAUCCGGAUCCACAGCCGGAGGACCUGCGCUAUUACUGCCUCGCGUAUCUGCUCUCGGCCACGUUUAAGGACUGCUCAAUCAUGAUCAGCAUGACUCCCGCAACCGGCGAGCAGGACGCGGGGCGGCGAGGAUCGGUCAAGAUCGUAGACUUAGAUGUCAAGAGGAUCUCGCGCCUCGCGAAGUGGGAGAGGCUUGACAAGGAAAUCGUAUCAGCAUACGCUACAGGAUCAAGCUUUUCAGAUUGCUCCGGUGUCCAUUACAAGGCGGCAUUGUGCCAUGUCGACGUCCAAGCAUGGUGUUAA